UGACUGCCGGACGAGAUCGUCUGCUACCCCAUCAACAUCCCCUCAUAUAGCCCUCACCCCCCACCUCCCACACACGUGCACCACUCACCAUGACCCGGAAGUGCUCCAAACGUCUAGCCGCCCUGGUCUGGGCGCUGCUAGAAUGCAUGUUCUUCUCCUCCGUGGUACUAGGCUGGACCUGGCUGUCCAUCGUCCUCCAGAAGGACGGCUACUUCCCCGAGUACUGCAACGCCACCGUGACCAACGUGACGUCACUUCCUGUGUCCACAACGGUCAAACCCAAAAGCCCGUGCGUGAGUCGCCGGCCGAGGACCCCAAACGUCAGCCGGAAGUUGGAUGUGAGUACCACUACCAGGGCGAGUGAUCUGCCCUUUGGUGAACACGGGAUUUCGGAUUUACGAAUAGAUUGGGAUAUGCUAAUCCUAAGCGACACCAGGAUUCUAAACAGAUUGAAGCGCGCGGAGCCUGACGCCAACCUGACGUCACUGAGCGCUAAUGACGUCAUCGAUCUCACCGGUCACUGCCGCGAGAAGCUGCGCGUCAUGUUUGCUCUGGUGCUCAUCAUCCGGGACCUGCUCACCUUCCCGCUCGGCAUUUUCUACGACAAGUACGGCACGACACGGACACGUCUGCUGACCGUACUGACCUUUGCCCUUGGCACCCUAAUGAUGACCUUCACCAGCAGCAGCGUCCCCUGGCUGGUGGUGCCGGCUCUGGCACUGACCGGUGUGGCCGGCAGUGCCGUGUUCCUCACCAACCUCCAGACAGCCAACCUGUUCGGCCGGAAACGUCACAUUGUCAUCUCCCUUUACGUAGGGGCAGCUUACUCUAACGGCAUCAUAACAUGGCUCAUGCAGCUGUUCCACACCAUAGGUGUUGACGUUCAGACGUCCUUCAUGUUUCUCACCAUCGGUAUCGUCCCUAUGCUCGUCUCCACCGUGGCCUUCUUGCCCAAGACAAGGAUUCCCUGGCCACUUCCGGCAGACUACGGCAAACGGCGCAACCAAUCGCUGGACGAGGCCAUGUUACGUAAGCAGAGGGCGUGGCAGAGGCGCAUGUCAGAAGACCUUGACCCCGACCUUGACCCCCACAUGUACCCCGACUCCUCCCCACUUACCGAUUACGCUUCGACAGAGGCUGGCGUCACUCGGUGCCGGCGCCCCCCGCCCAGGUUUUCCCCCACCGCCGUCCAGCCGCUGUUCGUCUGGUCGCUCCUGUGGUUCGGCAUUCACAAGCUGCAUGAGGCUGUCUUUGAGAUGAGGGUCGUGGAGAUAGCCGGCCUGGAGAUUAUGGGACCACUGGGUGAGUUGGAUUAUCUCUUAGAUUAUGGGGGCACUGGGUGA